AUGGCCUCUUGCUCGACGGAACAAUCGAUAUGCACGCUCCUUAUCCCAACCUGGCAGGAUAUUGACGUGUUGGAGUCGAUUCACAAGGCACUGCAUCCUCUACUGGAGUUUACUGAUGCUCUUUCUGGAGAGGAGUAUGUAAGCAUCUCCUACCUCAAGCCAGUUCUCCACCUUUUUGCCACAUCAGUCCUGGCUGAAGAUGCUGAGGACACUGACCUGACUAAAUCAAUAAAAACCAAAGUCCUAGCAUACCUCAAUAACAAAUAUGGAGACCCAAACAUCCAGGAGCUUUUGGAUGUUGCCUGUUUCCUGGACCCUAGGUUCAAAAUACAGUACAUCAGUACAGACAACAUCCCUGCUAUCAAGACUCGUCUGAAGACAGAGAUAGUAGACUUGGCACAACGUACAUAUCAUUGGGAGAAGAGGUCUCGUACUGAAACUGUUCAGAUGCCUCAAAGUGCACAGUCCUUGGGGGAAAAGACGAAGAGGUCUCUUGGCAGUUUUUUCAAGACCAGUUCAGCCUCUCCUUCUUUGCCUGUAAAUCUUGAAGAUGUCGCAGAGGCAGAGAUAAACAAUUACCUGAUGACUCCUACCAUUGAUGGAGAAGAUGAUCCAUUGGCUUGGUGGAGGGUGCACAAGAUCAGCUACCCACAGUUGUGCACCAUGGCACGCAAGUAUCUUUGUGUACCUGCUACAAGCGCUCCUCAGAGCGUCUUUUUAGCACAGGAGGGAAUAUUGUGACUUGCACUCGCUCAUCCUUGAAGCCAGAAAAAGUCAAUAUUCUGGUUUUCUUAGCAAAAAACCUGUGAGCCACUGAGAACAGAACUGUUGGAUAAGUAUGGCUGGCAGUGCCAUACUCGUAGUGAACUUUAGUCUGUGUGGUGUGUUAUUGUUGUGUACUUGAGAUAAGUGAGGCUCAUCUAUUUUAUAUUAUAAUAUUCAAAUC